GAUGGUAAAUUUUGAAAACAUCUCCAUGUGCAUAGGCUGCUUUUCAUAGCGCUUACCUUCCGUUACGUGCUUACGUUUGGUGCAUGUAUUUUCGCUCUAUUUGCGUCCAAUGCCAUCCCGUUUAUUAAAACGGAGCAGUUCUAUUUGGAUCCCACUCUGCAGGCGCACGAUGUCUCAAGCUACAAACGGGAGCACGGACGGAAAGCCAGAGACUUCCCAAACAUCUCCAGACUUUAGUUUCGGUAACUCUCUGAGCUUAGAGAGCAUAAGGAAGGUUCAAGAAGAGUUUUCCAAAGAGAGGAACUGGGACCAGUACCAUUCCCCGAGGAACAUCUUGCUUGCAAUGAUCGCCGAAGUGGGAGAAGUUUCGGAAUGCUUUCAGUGGAAAGGUGAAGUGAAGGAAGGCUUACCAGACUGGACUUCAGAGGAGAAGACACACUUGGGUGAAGAGCUGAGUGACGUCUUGAUAUACCUCGUCCGUCUAGCCGACCGCUGCCGGAUUGACCUCCCCUCCGCCGUGCUUCGCAAGGUAGAGCUCAACAAACAGAAGUACCCGGCAUCUAGAGUCUAUGGCAAGAGUGAUAAAUACACAGCUUAUACCAACACGGAGUAAAUGUCCGUCAUUUGGGGCCUACCUUUUAUACUGCAUGUUCUAAAACAUGUCAACUAUGUCUGCAUCGAGACGCUGUUAUGACUUCGUGUCUUAUGUAUUCCUCAUUGCUUUGGAAAACCCUCAAGAGUGGAGGAAUUAAAGAUGCCUAUGCAGACAUC